AGCUGCAGCCUUCUCCGGCGCGAGGCUGCUCGCCUACCCGCUGCCGCAGCAGUUAAUGGUGUGGGAACGCGGCGCUGUUUUCCCGCUCAACUUGGCUUCGGUAGCCCGACUAAGGCGCCGAAGUUGGGAGCGUUUCCCAAUGGCUCUAUGGGCUGUGCGCGGGAGGGAAACGCGCCAGGCUGCUUUCUGUACUUUGCGCCCCACCUCCUCCCCUUUAUUGAGCUCAGCCAAUGAUUAAGUGCCUCCCUCCGGUCCGGAGGAUUCUGACUUGCGAGCCUGGCGCGGGUGUUCAAAGUAGCCGGCCACGGACUAUCUCAUUGUGGGGAGAAGGAAGUCUCCUGUAUCCGGAUCUGCGCAAGGCUCGCCCGGAAUACUAGCUGUCUGCUCUGCCUCUGAUCUACAAUGAGUGCCAAAUCUGCUAUCUACAAAGAAAUUUUUGCUCCACAUGACGAAAGGAUGCUUGGAGCAGUCCAAGUAAAAAGAAGAACAAAGAAAAAGAUUCCUUUUCUAGCAACUGGGGGUCAGGGAGAAUACUUAACCUACAUCUGCUUGUCAGUGACAAACAAGAAACCUGCACAAGCAUCUAUUACAAAAGUCAAGCAGUUUGAAGGUUCUACAUCAUUUGUGCGAAGGUCACAGUGGAUGCUUGAACAACUUCGCCAGGUUAAUGGUAUAGACCCUCAUCGAGAGUCCCCUGAAUUUGAUUUAUUAUUUGAAAAUGCUUUUGACCAAUGGAUAGCAAGUACAGCCUCUGAAAAAUGUACGUUCUUUCAAAUUCUCCAUCACACCUGUCAGCGGUACCUCACAGACAAAAAACCAGAAUUUAUCAAUUGCCAAUCUAAAAUUAUUGGAGGAAACAGCAUACUACAUUCAGCAGCAGACAGUGUAACCAGUGCAGUGCAGAAGGCAAGUCAAGCUUUGAAUGAGCGCGGUGAAAGGUUAGGUCGAGCAGAAGAAAAAACAGAGGAUAUGAAGAACAGUGCUCAGCAGUUUGCAGAAACUGCACACAAGCUUGCUAUGAAGCACAAGUGUUGAAGAUGCCUAAUACAGAUAUCGUCCAUAGAGGAACUAAAAAGUUAGGUUCAUCCUUUUUUAUUGGAGAUACAACCUAAUUUCUGCUUUUUCUCACAGUCCAACAAAACCCAGCUAUUUCAGCUGCACGUGGGAAAUAAGUUGCAUUCCUACAUUUUCUGUUGCUAAGCAAUUCUGCACUAUGGUCAAACUUUUUAUUUUAUUCAAAAUAAGCGGUAUUGUUAACAUGGCAAUUGGACCAGAGGACAUAGAGAACUGUGUUAAUCUGCAGCAUUCAACUGUUCUUAGUAUUAUGGAGGAAGGACUAAAGUUAUCUACGAGAGAAAUUAACAAAUUAAAAUCCAAGCACUUGCUACAUAAUUGUCUUGUAGCACAAUUUUUGGAGUUACGUGGUUCAUGCCUUCAGAUGUUGAGCAGAGCAAAAUGGGUUGCCAUAAAAGAGUAUGACUUCUCAUUUCUUCCAUUUUUAAUAACCAUAUUUUGCAUGUGCCAUCCAAAGUACAAAUCUGAAUCUGAGAUGUCAACAAAACACUUGGAAAAUAUUUCUUUCUUACUGUCUGGAUAUUCUAAAAACAACAUAGUAUCACCAGAUGUUCAGCACACGAGAUGUUCAGACUUAGGACUGAUGGUUAAAUCUCUUAAAUGCCUUUAUGUUAAUCUGGAAUUUAGCAGUAGAGUGUAAAAUAAAAUAAAGUUGCUUGAUUGCCACCAGAUAAAACAGCUAUUUUAUUUAUUAAGGGCAGUAUUUUUAAAAACCCAAACUUGUAAAUAUUCUAAAGGAAUCAUCCCAUUAUUUCAAUUCAUCCAGAAAUAGUUGCAUCUACUGUGGUUGCAUUUACUGUUGGGCAUGCUUUGAUCAGAGAGUGACAGUGAGCAAUCUGUGAAUUAAUUUAAACUGCAAAUUCUACCCUGGUUCCAAUCAGAUCUACAUCACUUGUGGAAAGGUUUAACCCUUUCUCCCAGCACAAUGUUCAUAAUUUUUGAAGGGUGCAGGAAAAGUGUUAAAGCAUUACCUCGCUUCCAUGGCACUGUCCAGAAUCACCGCAGGAGGUCCGCUCACUGUAUCACCUGUUUUCACAUUUUGUUUUAACUCUCAGCAGAGCUGGUACAUGCACUUAUAUUUCCCCGUUACAGUGCUGGCCACUGUUGACUGAUUGGAAGACAAAGGCCUAUUUUCUCAGUACAGGUAGUGAGAAUACAGUCAUCAAAUGUUCCAGUGAUACCAGCAUGGGAGUUGUGUGUUAUAAUGCAAUCUUCUGUAUCUGAGGACUGUGUGCCAGUAAUGCAACCAUGUGCAAGAAACACGUCAUCAGUUUUGUUCCAUUAGCUUCCCACUUGAAGAAAAUGUAGAAAAUCUCACAUGAUCUGCCCUAUCCAUGUAGGCACAUCACUUAUACACACUCAGUCAUGUAGGAUAUUACAGAAAAGUCUCUCCCAUUAAGCUGCAUGUGAAAAGCACAUAAUUGUGACAGAUUAAUUUUCAACAAAUAUGAAUGAAAUUACAUAUUUAUAGAAUAUAUGGGAAACGGUACAUGAACUGGAUCAUGAUGGGAAGACUGCUAAAUUCCAGGGUUUCAGGUUCCCCCCCCCCCCCCAAUUGCCUGGACUAUUAUUUUGUGAUGCCAUUAUUUUUACAGACUUUCUUAUGUUGUCUUUGCAUUUCAUCUCAGUGAUUCAAUUAGCCUGUCAAUAUGGAACUUGUUUUCAGACCAUGUUGCCAAACAACAUGAUGGGAAUUCAUACAUUUGGUGCAGGCUGCCUGCCCCCUUUUUCAAAAAGUAUUUUAAGUUGUAGCUCAUACCUUCUAGUCAGUAAUGCAGUCACUUGGUGUUUUCUUAGGAUAAUUAGAGGGAAGUGUGCUAACAACCCCUAUUAAAAUUAAAGUUUAUAUUGCUAAACAUUUCCUCCUGGGACAUAGUUGUAGCAUACAAUUCUAGUAUUAGAUAUCUGUGUACAUUCAAUAUACAGUAAUUCAGGUUAGUGUUUCAUAUUCAAGAAUAUAUUUGUAAAAUGUAACAAGAUCAAUAGUUUCCUUAUUACCUUUUUAAAGUUCUGCAGAGACUAAAAAUCAUAUGUUGCUAGACUUAAGACAUGUGUCUAGCAAAAAGUUGUGAAUUAAUGUGAAAAUAUUAACAGAUCUUAUUCUAAACAAGUCAUCUUAAAAAGUUCAUUUUGCUUUAAUAUGCCAAACUUGUAAUACUUGCUAAUACAAUGUUUACUUUUCAACUGUCUAAAGGAUGUGGAAAAUUUUUGUGCCAUUCUGAAAUAAAUGGGACUGCCUGUUGAUUCAUCUGUGCAAAUUCUGUUUUUACAUAAUAAAUGUUUUAAAAUGA